AACAUGAUGAGAGUCUGGUGCAGGGACAUUUCAGCAGAUACUUGUAUCGUGUUAGCCUCCAACACCAGGCUCCCGAGAGUGUCCGGGGAUCCUCGAAACUCUAUUCAGGAUUAUUCCAGUUUAGGCUACUUCAUCGUCACCAUGACUGAGCUCAGGGUGAAAGACUCUGGAUUUUAUUCAUGUGGAUUCUACAAAUCCUCAGAGAUCUCUCUUCUCAGAAAAUUCCGUCUGGUGGUAUCUCGGGCUACAACCACGCCCACCACCACGAGCACCAGGAGCACCACAGCCUGGACCUCCGCCACCAGCCCUGUCACCGACAGCUCCGAAAGCAAUUGGCGUCUCAUCAUUCCCACCUCGACGGUGGCCGUCCUGCUGCUGCUGGUGCUCAUGGUCCUCAUGAUCCUGUACUUCAAGAAAGCCCGAGGAAGUGCCGGGAAAGGUGAGGACAAACUCCACGUCUAUGACAACAUUUCAGUCCAGAGGGAAAAGACCACUGAACACCGGGAAGACUCCUCGUCAGGGCAGAGGCGAUCUCAGGUUUCCCGGGGCUCCAAUCAACAGAUGGGCUCUGACGAGGACUCUGGGGCCAUUUGCUAUGCUUCACUUACCCACCUGAACAACUUUGACCUUGACGACUCCAUCUAUGUCAACACCCACCCCAACCUGAGGCCCACGCCUGACCCCCUUCUGACUGUGGAAUAUGCCAGCAUCUCUGGAAGCAGACCCCAGCCCUCCAACUUGACUGCCCUGGAGGGGGAAACUCAGGAGCUGAAGGCAGACUUCACUGGGCAGUGA